ACUGGGAAUAAUUUCCACAGCUGUCUCUUGAAGGUCAUCACUGCCAGAAAUGGAACAUGAAGUUGACGGUCUGCUUUGGAGACACAAAGGUCGUCGUUCCUUGUGGUUCAGGGAACUUAACGGUUAGAGACUUGACUCUUAGUGGUUUAAGGAGGGUUAGGCAUACUUUACCGAAGGUUUGUUUUCUGGUUUCCUACAUGAACGUUUUAUCAUUACAAUGAUUCAUUAAUACUUAAAUGUUUCGAGUUACACAAUCUAUACAUUAUGAUGACUUAUCACCAUUAAUCAAUGAUUUUGUAGCUCGGCCCACAGGAUCGCAUUGUCGUACACAGUAUCAAUGUUGCUAGAGAUGGUGGUAUGCUUGAUUGGGAUGAUUUGGUCUGUGAUGUGGUAGACGAUCGUGAAAUGGUUACUGCUCACUUUUCGAUCGCGACCUUAUCAAACAAUGUCAAGGAUUCUUGCCCAAAUCGACCCUCAACUGGCCUUGAUUCUAUAUUUCAAUCACUUUCUACACCCUUAGUUGUCGAUUUAUGUUCUGAUAGUGUUAUUGAACCCUCAUUUCAUAGUCCCAUCCAGUCUAGCGGGGCUAGUGAAUUUAGAGAUAGUGGAUUGAAUCUUGCACCUCCUUGUGGAAUUGGAUUAAGACAAACUGACAUCAAUGGUCAUAUCGCAAACAGGCUUCUGCGUAUUGGAGAUGGAAGUACAAGCAGUAGUAACUUAAGUUUAAAUCUAAGUAAUGAUAGCUGUGGAUUGCAUCAACCAAAUGGAGCGCAUACAUCUCAGUCCCCUGGUGAUAUCCAUGAAUGGUUUCUGAGUGAGUCUUUCCAUGAUUCCAAUGCAGCGCUGCAUCCCAACAUCAAAGUGAAUUGUGUUUCAGCAGUAUCCUCUUCUGACAGUAAAAAGGAAUGUUUUACAACCUCUUCAGCUUCUCAGCCACCACCUACUUGCUUCAAUACAGUAUUAAGUACGUGUGAGCAACUGAAAAGCUCUCCGGUUUCGUGCAAUAAAUCCUGUUCGAAUAGUAUCACCAUAAAUGAUACAGCAAUUUCGAAGCAUUGUCAAAGAACACUUUCACCGAAUGUCUUUGAAAUGCUCUCAAAUGUCUUAUCUCGCCGUCGUGAUCUUAUUGAGUCUGGUUGGGAUUCUGAUGAUGAAGAUGAAGAUGUAUUCGAUCCUGAUGGAGGUUAUUCAUACGACUGCCAAGUAGGUGAACAACAGAAUGAAUUUGUGUCACUACCUAAUGGUGAUACUAUCCUUCACUCAGAUAUCAUAAACAAUAAUUCAGAUAUAACAUCUAAUUCUUUACCUGGAGGAAACCACUGUUGUUUAGAUGUCACAGAAAGUAAUAGCCACCAUGAAAAUAUUAACGACAACUUUUCGACUGUAAGAUAUCCCUCGGUGACUCUUACACCAAGCGGGACUUGUGAUAGACCAAGUAAUCACCCUGUUUUAUCAAAUGCAGAUAUUUGGCCUCUCCCACCUCCACCUUUUUCUGCUUCCGAUGUUCCACAUGUUAAUAUUCCUACUAAUCUCCCGUGUAGAGUACUUUCUCCAGAAGACGAAUAUCAUAUAGGUAUAAAUACUGAACGACUGAUACGUGCAGUUCAAAGUCAUAAUUCAUUUUCAAAUUCGAAUGGUUCCGACCGAUUUUUCACAACUUCAGACAUAGUGUCUAAUUCAUUAGUAAGUCAGUCAGAACUCCGAAAUCCCCUCAGUUAUUCUCAGCCUAAUUUGGUCACACAGUAUGACGAUCCUAUUCGACAACAAAAUAUUCAACAUUUAUCAAAUACCCAUACAACAGCAAAUAAUAUGGUUAGUAAUGCAUUACAUCAGUCGAGACCGGACCAUGUACAAUCUCAAUACUCACACACAUGUAAUGUCAACUCAACAAAAUCCCUUGUUAUAACAAGUCGUCCUGUUGGCGGUCUGUCCUAUUCUCGAACAACAACACGUUUAGGAACAGCAUUUCAAAGCAAUUUAACUGUUCCAACUAUAGUUGAAGAAGAAGAGGAAUAUUCGGUAGAUUCUGAAAGAAGAAUUCCAAAUUUGCCGGAAUAUGAAACAGAACACCAAUUCACCGACGUGUUAAAAUCUAGAACUAAUCCGCUACUUAAUAAUAAUCAUAUUGAUAUUAAUGAAGCAAAUGAAGAAGAUUAUCCACUUCUACGUAAAGAUUAUGUUUUGGAAAAAGAUCAAACAUCUGUCCAAAAAUGCGGUGUACUACAUGCGAAUACAAUUAAUAAUGAUAAAUGUAAUUCUAGUUCAAAUGAAUUACACUUGUCUAAUCUUCAAUUUUAUUCAAAUGAUAAUCCAUUGAUAACAAAUAAUCAUUCUAUUCGUGGUCUACCUAAACCGGAUGUAAUUCGUUGGCUUGAAAAUACUCGCGAUGCUACUAGGAGUAAUGAUUGUCAAGUUGUAAGUAAAUCUAGUUUAUCACAUCUUUCAUCAUCUGCAUCAUUAAAUCAAUCAGACUUCAAUACAGAUGAUCAUCAACCAAUUAAUGAAGUACCUGAAAAAAUAUCUCUGAAUAUCAUUGAGUCCCCUUCAGUAAAUAAAUCUCAGGAAUCAAUAAAUAGUAAAGACUCAGUAGUGACAAUUCGUCUGAUAAAUACUAAACGUGGUGAAAAUUUAGGUAUACAAAUUAAACCUGUAUUUUCGGAUGUCUUUAACUCUAAUAAUGAUAAUUGUUCAGAUAACAAUGGCGGAUCAAGAAUUGAAUGUGGCCUUGAAGUUCAUUGUAUUUUACCGAAUGGGCGUGUAGCACGUGAACAAUGCUUAUCUGUUGGAGAUCGGAUUCUAAGUAUUAAUGGAAUUUCAUUAAGCGGUAUACCAUUUGAAAAGGGUCGUGAUAUAUUUCAAGAGGCAUUAAAUGAACCAGAAAUAAUUCUUCGUGUACUUCCUCAUUCAGCCUACCAAUACAGUUCUUCACUAUCUAUACAAAAUAUUGAUAAAAUAAACAGGACAACUACAGAGAAAUCAGAGAAACCCUCAUGUGGUCUAAUUGUUAUCGUAUCCGAUCCAUUGUCUAAAGCUAAAGAAGUUGAAAUAAAAUCUAAUACAAAUCAAUUAAAACCUAUACCACCACCACCACCUCGUCGUUCUCCCAACACUGUAUUAACUCGUAUUCCAGAAGGAAUUAUUAAACCAUUAAUUGAUGAAUUUUUAAAAGAGAAAAAACAAGAAGAAAAUAAUAACAAUCGAUUACCAUCAUCACAAGAAUUAACAAAAUCUGUUGUCAACUCACAAACAAAUAUUGUUAAUAAUAAUAAUAAUAAUAAUAAUAAUAAUAAUAAUAAUAAUAAUAAUAGUGAUGAUUUGCACACAUUUACUUAUCAUACAAUUCAUUUAUGCAAAGGUUCUAAUGGAUUGGGAUUUAGUUUAACUAGUCGUGAUUCAUUGACAUCAUCGGGUCAAAAAGUUAUCUGUGUGAAAAAUAUACUACCAGGUGGAGCAGCUCUAAUCGAUGGUCAAUUAAAACCUGGUGAUCUUCUAAUGAAGGUUGAUAAUAUUGAUGUGAAUGAAAUUGGUCAAGCACAAACUGUAACAUUAUUACGAAGUAAACCUGUAAAUACUCUUGUGACUUUAGUUGUCAAACGAUCAAGAAAUAAUAAUAGUAAUGCAGAUAUCAAUAAUAAUAAUAAUGACCAUAAUAAUCUUGAUCAAGCAUGUCUACCUGAUUUGAAAACUAUGCAUCCAUCUGUUAUGUGUACAAUAGCAUCAAGUUGUUGCAUAAAUACUGUAAAUGAACAACCAACAAAAUCAAUAUUAUCUUCAAUAUCCUCAUUAUCAUCAACAUCACAACCAAUAACACAACAACAACAUAAUGAAAGAGUGAUUGUGGAACAACCAUCUAGUCAUGAUACAAAAAUACCUGAUAAGCCAUCAGAAUGGAAUUGUUGUUCAUCCGACAUCUCUCAAAAAUUCCAUCCCCUUCCACCUUCACAUCCUUCAUAUAAACUUCAUGAAAUCGAUUCAUCUCACUGGUCACUUUAUUUAUUGAAUAUACAUUUACCUUUGACUAAAGUCAAUGAAUCCGAUAAAAUUACAACAAUACGACAAUAUACAGAUUCUACUAUACAUCAAUCAACAGUUAAACGACAUACAGGUAAUCCUGUCACCUUAGGUGUAAGUGUAUCAGUAAGACGCUUGUCAAAUAAUUCGUUUGUUAAUAGCAAUGAUGCCCUUGGUGGUGGACUCACUAAUUCUACCACUACUACUGCUACUGCUAACACUACUGUUACUGUUAAUGAAAAACAUUCAAGUGUACAAAUUGAUAAAACUAAUGAUUCACAAUGGAAUGCUGUUUUUGUAAGAACUGUAAUUGAUGGUGGUCCUGCUUAUCAAGAUGGACGUUUACAAGUAGGUGAUCGUUUAUUAACUAUAGAUGGUCAAACUUUAUCUGGAUUAUCUACUACUGAUGCCCUUAAUCGUCUAAAAUCUGUUAUUGCAAAAGAUUUGAAUGAAUCUCCUCAUCCAUGUGUUCAUCUUUUGAUUGCUCGACCUCGGGAUGGAAUUGAUUCAGAUAAUUCUUAUGCAAAUUCUAUGGAAAAUAAAAGUGAAAAUGCAAUGAAUAAAAUCACCAGUUCUAAUCAGCGUAAAUCUUCCUUGGAAGUGGCAACAAAAGAAUCACAUAAUGAUAAUAGUGGUCAUUCAAAACUGCUACUAGUCUCUGCUGUAGUACACUCAUCGGAAUCUGUUUCAAUUGCCGGAAUGAAUUCACAUGAUUCAUUUAAUCCACCUGGAAAAUACUCUUUAUCAUCUAAUCAUCAUCUAACUGUAACCAACGUAUCACCAUCAUCGUCACAACAUCUACAAUCACAAAAACAAUCUACCAAUCUCUCCAACACCUCUUAUCCACUGUGUCUAAUUCAAACUUCCCAGUCCAGUGAAGAAAUGUCAAAGAUUUUGCAUUUAAAAUCAAAUACUUGUAACUCUACUGUAAAUGUCAAUAAUUCCCAUGAAACUACUACCAAAUCUUCUGCUUCUUCAUCAUUUUUAAUAUGUAAUACAAAGUCUAAUGAAAAUAACGAUGAAAAUAUUGAUGUCAAUCGGACUAAUUAUCAUGAUGAUGCUAAUAAUUGUAAUACUGUCACUAACUCUCCCAUUAUUAUUAAUAGUUUUCAAUGUGAUUCAAAAACAGUUAACAUCGACUAUUGUGCGGUGAAAAAUGUUCAAAUCCCUGUAACUUCCUGCUCAACUCUUAAACAUUUAGAUUCCAUUCCUUCAUCUAAUUCAAAUGGUACAUCUGAGCAUAGCCAUCAUCAUUAUCGUCGCCGUCGUCGUCAUCAUCACUAUCGCGAUAAUGAAAAAUUCUAUCGUAAUUCAAAAUGCUGUUAUAGUAAUUUAGAUCAAGAUUCAAAAAAACGUUUAUCGAAUUACUCAUCGUCAUCAACAGAAAUAUUAUGUAAUUAUCAACAUAAUUUAUGUAAAUACCGAUCGAACGAUAACAUUGUUAUUGAUGAUGAUCAUGACAGUGAUGAUGAUAUGGAUCGUGAUAAGUCAUCAAUGAUAUGUUAUCAAUGUUUAACAGAUGAUUCCGAUUUGAAUUACGAUGCUACUACUCCUCUGUCGGAUCCCGAAACUGAACGUUAUAGUUAUAAAUUAGAUUUAUUCAGUGAAUUGAGUCUUUCGUCAGUCUCUGGCGCUGCUGGUGACCAGUUAUUAAAUAUGAAUAUUGAGAAAAAUCCAAUAACCAAUAAAUCCACUUUACAUAAAUGUUACUAUUCACAUGGAAAAUACUUAAAUGAUAAAAAAUGUAAAUAUCGUGUUGUAUAUCGUCAACCGAGAAUAGACUUUAGUCAAAUGGUACUUGUACCAUUUGAUCCAGCCUCAUGGAAUGGUCCAGUGUUAAAACCGAGAACAGCGUUGAAUUCAGAAGAACUACAACUUAUUGUCGAUAUGCCGAAUUCAUUUUCUUUACAAAAUAAUAAUAAUAAUAAUGUUGAUCAACAACCUGAUAAGAAUAUAGAAAGAAGAGGGCAUAAUUCCGUUGUUGAUGUUGAUAGUAUGUGUAAUAAACAAAAUGCAAAAUGUAUCGAUAAUGAAACUGUUCGUGUGAGAAAAACACAUCCAAAAACUGUAAUCAGUAAAUUAUUCAGUCUAGUUAAGACAACUGCUCAUCGACGUACUAUUGGUGAUCAGAAUACAAUAUUAGAUUUCGAAAAUAAUGCAGGAUCUCAAUUACCUACAGAUGAUAGCGUUCAAACAAUUUUAUCUAGUGGAAAUGUUAAUGAUAUUGAAAAAAGAAAUAAUUGUUUAAUAAAUUUGCCAAAUAAUACAAAUACAAUUUCAACCAUACAAUAUAGUUUAUAUGUAGAAAGUUCAACAAAGAAUUUACUUAAACCUCAAUCGGAUAAGUCAAUCGACUUACAACUUUGUGCAAACAACAAUAUUACUGAUCCUAUCGAAAGAUCAUCACGUUCAUCUUGUUAUGCAACACUUCAUGAAAGACUUGAACCUCCAAUCCAUAUCUAUGAUACUGCACACAAUAUUCAAAUAACUAACACUAAUGAUCCAAGUGAUGAACAAGUAACAUUACUAGAUGCGAAAUGUCCCUCUUCUUUUGCACCUCAGUCUAAUACCAGUCAAACAACUACAGAAAAUGUGGUUGUAAGUCAACCUGAAGAUACAAGUUUAACACAAUUACAAACAACAAAGUAUGCUGAUUUAUCGUUUAUACCAAAUUCAUCUUUAAAUAGUCCGUUAUCAUGUAUGCCGUUAUUAUUGACAAAUACCAAUAAUGCUAAUAAUAAUAAGAAGAAUACUGACAUUGUUCAAACAACAACACUGUUUAAUAAAACAAUUAAAGAGUUAACAAGUCAACAACAACAGUCACAGCAUCGUUCCAUUUCUUCUUCUAACCAACAUCAUCUCACUAGUUUAUCUAAAAGUACUGUGAAUCGUCUGUAUGAUAUUGAAAUCAGCUCAUGUUCAACUGCUUAUGAAUCAGUUAUGGAGUAUACACCAGCUUGUGAUGAUGUUACUUCCAAACAGAAAACAAACAGAGAAGUUUACGAAGAUGCUGAAGUAUUAUAUCGACACUUAUCUGACUUGAAACAAUCAAACAAUUCUGAUAUACAAACAACAGUAAUAGAUUCAUCUAAUUAUCAUUAAUAAUUUUUUUCUAAAAAAAUCUUCAUAUACAUACAGUUUGUACACAAGUUAUUAGUUCUCUGAAUCAGAAAUAUUAUCUGCGUAUGUGUACUAUCACAAAAACAAUAUACUUUAUAAAAAUCUAUAUUCAAACAUCACUUCCUAAUUCUUUCUACAUUCAACUAUCUAUAUAUUUAUUGACACUACACUCGUUAGUAUUGCGAUUAUUAUUAUUAUUAUUAUUAUUAUCGUGAUAAUUGAUACAUAUUCUUUAUCAUUAUUCAAGAGACGAAUAUAUAUAAGAUUCUGUAAUCAUGGCGAAUACUUAAUAGGCAUUACGCAAUUCAACUUAAUGCUUAUAUGUUAAAUGCGAUGAUAAUCGUUUUUAUGCAUUUGUUUCGUGGAAUAUAAUAGGAUUUAUACAGAAUAAAAAUAAUACUGUUACAAAACAAAAGAUUAAGGUAGGCAGGCUUCGGUAAUCAAUGUGGAUUCCUCUUAAGAUUUUCAUGUGUUAUAUGCAUUUCAUACAUUUUUGUCCCGUUACCCUAUUAUCAUUAUUUUUCUUCUAUUAUUACUGAUUUCAUCACUAAAAAUAUUUUAGCAUUUAUUAUCUAAUUUAUAAUGAUGAUGACGAUCACUAUCAUUAUUAAGAAAGAAUAUACUUUCAACUGUUUUCGUUUCUAUGCACAUCUCUUACAAACGAACCAACCACCAGGACACGUGACUGUCUACAAUGAUUGGAUAGAUUUGUUUUCCUUUUUCUCUUUUGAUAAUUGUAUUUUCACGGCUAAAAGUGCAACUUCGAUGAUAAUAAUAAUAAAGAUUAGAACAACGAAUAACCUUGUCUCGUAAAGAAAUUGACGUAUUAUUUGUGGAAAAUUCUUUAAAACAUUUUUUUCCAAUGUGAAUAAAAGAAUGAUUGAUGAUAGCGAUAUGUUGUAUCAGAAAGUGCUGUGAUUCUUUUAACUUAAAAUUACAUUUAAUAUUAUUAUCAUUUUUCGUAUCUUCCGUUACCGUGAUCAAAAUUACACAAAAGCCAACUGUAAACUAUUGAUAUACCAUUAUAACUUGCAUUUCACUCUCCAUUAUACUUCAUGAAAUAUUUUUACUUCUAUAUAUCUUCGUUUUUUGUUUUGUUUCCAAUAAGAUGAUAACCUUGCAUUUAUUUCGCAACUGUGUUCUUUUAUAUUCAGCAUUUACUCUGACAUACAUUUAAUAACGAUGAUCUUAUUCAUACACGAUUUAGUUUACAGUUUUUUUUUGUGUUAUUUUACAAUUUUACAAACCCAAAAUCUACUUGAAAUUCAUAGAUUAAAAAUAAAGCAUUUGAUAAUUUUUUC